CUCUCGCACCUCCUAUCUCUUACGUUCUCCUUGUCUACAGUAUUUUUAGGCGUUUGACAGGUAGAGGAUGAGAUGUCAGAUGGAAUGUCAAAUUGAAGGAUAAAUGACAGAUCAUAUAAUUUUUAAUUAUUUGAUGAAAAGUAGUUACAGUUUUUGAGCAGCGAUGGAUGAAUGAAUAUUUGGACACGACCUGACAAUGUUUAACCCUAAUCUGAGGGAGGGGAUGACAGAUGAAGUUGACGUCAAUCGUGUCAGUUGACGUAGAUAUUGAAUUGUGUACAUUUUCCGUCUACAUUGGCAGAAAAAAAUGAUAUUUGCGCUAUAAAUUGUCUUCGCGAGCUCAACCUUCAAUGGACCUUCGACAUUAUCUUGGCAAUUAAUUAUGUAUGCGUUAAGGUAGUUCAACUGACCCAGAAUGAACUCUUGCGCGAGUUGGAUAAGUUUACGUUAUCCACGACGUGAUUCGUAGCGGUGAUUCCUGAUCCCUCGUUGCCGCAAACAUGAAUAAGAGCCACUCGAACAAGAGACUGAAUCAGCUGCCGAGUUGGCUGUGGACCAAUUCGACCACCUUGCCGCCUGUUUACAAGAUGGUGUGGGAGGCGGUGAGGGACGAUCGGGUCAGGUCGAACGGGGUGCAAACUGAGCUGCUGGUGGACACCAACAAGGUGUUUCCACUGCUGCUCACCAGUCAGUUGUCCACCGAGGUGCUGGGUCACAUAUGGAGUUUGGCUAAUCAGAAGUACGCAGGACAAUUGACUGAGCAGGAGCUGUACGUCGUGCUGGCUCUUGUUGCUGCUGCGCAGACCUCUUACACCUUCAACAGUCUCGACAUCCUGCAUUUACUUCCUUUUCCCCCUACGCCAUACUUAAACAUAGAAUGUUUGAUGAAUCUACAACCCAGCGCACAGACAAACACGCAGAAACUUCAGUAUUAUGGUAAUGAAGAGUUCAAUAAUGUGGAGGGGAAGUAUUUGUCUGAUGUUAAGGGUAAAGUUAAAGGUAGAGCUCAUGUGUUUGAUGCAAAUACACCCUUCUCGAACAAUAUACCUGGAAAAUUAUCAUGUUCCGAUAGCAAGACUCUAGUGUCUGGCGCAACCGCAAAUAGUUUCAACAACCUGUCAAAAGAUCUGAAACAAAGUUCGCGUGUUCAAACCGACGUUCCACCUGCGUCAUCUUUUGACGAGUCCUGCGAUGAAUUUACCGAGUUUCAAAGCGCACCGAUCUCUAGUGUCUCUGCCACACCUAUCUGGGAUAGUAAACAAGGUUCCGCAAUUGGCAGCAGACUCGCUAAUCACAAUUUAGGAGUGAAGAAGACAGUCGACAAAGUCAAGAAAGCCGCUCCUGGACCGAAAACUAUACAUAUUAAUACUCAAAUUCGUACACCCGCAAGUUUACCAUAUCAAAAUAAGGAUCCCACCACGAUAGAGGCUCCAUUGGAUCUAUUUCCUAAAUGUGGAGUAAAGAAUCAGUCGAAAACAGUAAUACUCAAAGACACUGUAAUUAGAAAUAACGACUUGCCUAAGGAUUACAAUGACAGUUUUAACAGUCUGGCAACUGUAAUAGAGCCUAUAUCUCUGAGCAAUGAUAAAGAAAUAUUGCCUAAAGUGGAUUUAACUCCGAAGGCUGUCACAGUAGAUAUGUCUAAUUCUGUUCAACAAGAUUUAAUGAGCUUGCAACAAACUGAAGAUAAAUACAGUGCAUUGCGUGCAUUAGUUCAGGAAACGUCUGUUGUGAAUGAUGCAAGUUUAGAUUUAACUCUUAAUAAUCAAUCGGCCGACGAGUUUGGAGAAUUUAUGUCUGCGGAACAGCCACCUGCUAAUCAUCCCACAAACAUAUCAGAUGCUUCAGAUACUGAGAGCUUUAACAAUGUAUUUGCAGAUUUUGAAUUUAGUAAAGCACACUCUAGUGCUGACAGUAACAAUUUAACAGAUCUGAACUUUGUAUCUGAAGUAUCUGAGUCGUUUAAUAAUUUAAAACUUGAUGACGGAAUUGAAGCACAAUUGGUAGAAUCAGGAAAGAAUGUUCAGAAAGAGGAUGCUAUUUCAAUAAAUAGUGUAGAGUUGAUUAGUGGUCCAUCCGAAGCACUGCCACGAUCAGGAUCUGUGCCUAGCUUAGAUCUUAAAUCAUUUUUACCUUCAAACAUAGAGGAAGAUCAAGUUGUAGAAGCUACACAGCAGGCUAUGUACUGGGAAUGGAAACAAUAUAUGGAAAGUUGUGUUUUACUGUUACAAGUUGCAGCCAACAUAUUUACCAAUAUAACAUCAGAAUUAGUUUUGCAGGAAGUUUUAAAUUCAGCCCAAGGAUACAACUUUCUUUGUCAAUUAGCUGAAGUUGCAGCUGUUUGUAGACGUGUUAAUUUUUCAUACAAAGAAUUGGACAUAAACAUUAUUGGAUUUGAUGAUCUUUUGAUGGAUAUUGAUCGGAUCUGGGCUGAAAUGGAACCUUUUUACACUAAUAUACCAAUUGUCACUGAACUACCAGCUUGGCCAUUACAUCAGGGAGAAUGUGUGUCUUGUUCCCUGUGUUUAACAGUUAUUACGAGUGGUCGAGUUGUUUAUAAUGAUAAUAACUAUCACGUAACAUGCGCAAAUUUGUGGCUCAAUUGCGUAAACAAUCAGUUGCCGGUAAUGCGAUACUCUUUAUUUUAUCAACCAAAUAUAUGUCCAGGAAGCCACAUUUAAAAAAACAAAAUACCAAUCUGCACACAGAUUCGACAUUUUUUAAUUUAGAUUAAGAAUACAAUUUCACAUACAUAUCUUAUUAAUAGAGAAUUCGUAAAUUCAAUUCAAGAAUUAAUAUUCAAAAUAAUCUCUAAAAGUAGAGAUAAAAGUAAAUAGAUCUCUAAAGUAAAUUAAAAUUUUCAUUAAUCCAUAAUCUGAAAUGAAAUCUCUUAUAUGUACAUAAGUAAAAAAAAAGUACUUAAUGUUUAUGCCAAUUAUUUUUAAGUUCUUAUAUUUUUAAAAAAUUCUUAAUAUAUGUACAAUGAUAUAUAAU